GUAAAUAAAAGCCCACACCCCUCACAAGUGUGGCAGGUCAUGGUCCUGUUAGUGGGGAGUCUGAAGGAAUGGGGGGGACCCUUUCCAGGGCUAGGAUAGGCCCACUUCAUGGAGUGUCUGUGACUCAGACACUCCUCCCGCCUGGCCGGGGCCCACUGCUCCCUGACCCUGCAGGGCUGUGUCCUCCACGGCCUCCUGCCUGUUUCCAAGCCAGGACAGUCCCAGAGGAAGUUGGUGACUGGCCCCUGGAGCCUCCUGGCCCCGUGACAUGGCCUCGGCACACCUGCCCCUGCCCCGCCCACUGCAGGUGCAGACCGGGGAGUUCAGGAGCCACCAGGCUAUAGGGCGGGAGCCAGUGGCAGGAGAGGCCCGCCCCGUGGGCUGCAGGGGAUGGGAAGGCUGGAGGCGACGGGAGGGCUGGACAACCCUUGGGACCAGCAUGGGUUCCAACAGCUCCUUCGCUCCAGACCGUCCCCAAGAGCCAGAGCAGGAGGUGCUUCUAUUCUGCGCCAACAGCAGACAGACCCUCAGUUCUCUGAGUAACUGAAUGAGCAGCAACUCACCCAGCUCCGUGCUGCAGUUUCUGCCUGGCGCUGCCCUGCUGCCUGGGGGUGUGUUACUCCUGCUCAGGGACCUCAGCACCUGACCUCAGGGGCACGGCGCCCACGGAAGAGGAGCUCCCGCAUGGAGGUGGCUGAGUGGACCGCUCGGGGAGCCCCCAACCAGACGCAGGCGGGCGCUGCCCACACCCUGGCGCACCUGCUGCGGGACUCGGCGGAGGGGAGGAACGGCAGCGGCCCCCCCAGGGCCCUGAGGCUCCCGGACGGCACCAGCGCCGCCUGGUACAUCCUCACCAUCUUCGGCAUCUACGCGGUGGUCUUCCUCUUCCGGUUGGCCAGCAACAUCCUCCGGAAGAACGACAAGUCCCUGGAGGACAUUUAUUACCUAAACUUGACCUCUGAACUCAAAAAGAAAGGGCUCCCGAGCAGGGCAGCCAAGUGCUCCACGCUGACCAUCAGCAACACAGCCGCCCUGCAGCCCCGCCAGGCCAGCCUGGGGCCCGGGCGCAGGGACAGCGGGCCCCACACCGAGAUCUAGGGCACCCCUUGGCAGUCAGGGCAGCCAGGUCGCCACAG